AUGAACUCAGCAUCAUUGCCGAGUGUAGGUAGCUCGGAACUGCUAUCGCCUGAUGUGUUUUCCGCUCUGCCACCGAGCCAUUCAAGUCAGACAAGCACACAGCCUGAGCGUCAUGCACUUGAUACGCUACCUCGCCAGCAGCCCCAGCCUGUGUCAGCGACCUAUAUGGACCCAAUUAAUUUCACCGUAAUGAACCAGGGACAGUUCGAGCUUCCUGCUCCUGCCGUAGGCGCUCUUCCACUUCCCCACGGUCAGAUUGAUGACGCUUCGCUUUUCUCAACGCGGCAUGAUACCACUAUCCCAAGGAGUAGUCAUUCCCAGGAAACCACAAUCAAUGGCCAGUUUGACAGUCAAUCUCCUUACCAGGUGGAGACCGUGUCCCAGAAUAUGGGCCCUUGGAUUGAAGACUAUACCGCCAUGCUUGUCCGCUCAACAGGAAGUCUUAGGUCGCCCGUGCUCGAGGAGAGAUGCCACCAGCUCCGAAACAUGAUAAGAUUGCUUGAAGAGCAUGGGGACCAGGAGCUUGAGGGUCAACAGUCCCAGACUCCAGUGGAACGAGUGGCGCGUUCGGCCGUUACCAAUGGUGUGGUCACCCCCUGGUAUGAAUGCAUGCAUUGUGAGGCGGUAUUUUAUCAUUAUCCCAGCUUUCAGAGACAUAUAGAGUCUCUGCAUUUUGCCCGAUGCAUGUAUAGCUGUGGUGUUCCGGGCUGCGACCACGUGGAAAUUCGUCGCGAUAAAAUGCGCACCCAUUCCCUGGAGGCUCAUACGCUCCGGGUAACACCUGCUGAACUCGAUGGGAUGAAGACUGAUAUACCCUGUCCUGGAAAAUGUGAAAUUUGUCCCAAAUUGGUUAGAAACUGGCAGGAGUUCUACAAAUGUUGGAUUAGCCACUGCACCUUUGAAGCAGGACCGGUUGACAGCAACGGGCCACCGGGUGGCGGCGAUGACAAUCCAGGCAAUGGAGGCGCUGGUCCCUCUUCGAGAAAUGGAUCACGGCUAGCAGGAAGAUCAGGUGCUGGGAUGGGGCCUCCGCGUCCAGCUCAACGUGGUAACCGUCGGCGUGGCGGCGGCGUGACGCGAAGGCGAGGAGGCAACCAGAGAUCUAUGAAUCAACUAUCUCCUAUAGUGACACGCGCAAUUCGUCGCAUGCCCCCAACUCGAGAAGCCCUUCAGCCCAAUACCCCCAGCACGCAGGAUGAGAGACGGAACUCAAUGGGUGAAGGAAUUGCCCUGCGUCCUGCUCAGCAUGGCAGCACAAUGCGAGUCCAUCAACCGGCAGGCCAGGCACGGCCAUUACCCAGUGAACAGCUUCACUGCCGGAUAUGCAAUCACAUCUUCAUGGCCUGCGAUGAAUGCUGCUACUUCACAAUGUCAGCAUAUGGCUGUCACGAGUGUUCUGAGGCUAUAAGAAGAAUGUCGCUCACGACCAGGAUACAGUUUGUUCUACGUGGUGAAUCAUACCAGGUGGCAUUCUUGACAUCACAAAAUUCUCAAACUGGAGGAAGCAUCGGUGGGACAGCUCAAGCUGCAGGCUUUCCUCAAUAUGGAAGGUACAACCAUCAACAGCCCCCGGACUACCAUCAUCAGGAUGGAGGAGGAGGCUCUAAUGGUCCAUUCGGUGGCUCUGCCAUCAACCCCCGGGCGUUGAUGGUAACAAUUGCUGAGCAUCAUCUGGAUGAGCAUGACUUCGACCUCGGUGACUUGAAGAGCUCGACAAGUCAGUUCUCAGCCGCAUGUCCAAGCCUCCCAAUCAGGUUCCUACUCCCUAAGAGCAUAUCCGAGCUUCCUCAAAUGAAGUCUUUGAUCACUGGUUGUAUGUAUACUAAGCCCCACCCGCUUUUGAUUCGUAACUUGACCACCGUUAUCUUUGCCUCUUCUAACAAGCUUGAUGACUUCCUAGGCAAAAAUUCCUCCCUUCGAACCGACCCAACCUUCCCUGCGAAUGAACCCACAGUCCUAGAAACCCCGAUGCCCGGCCCUCCAAUGGACCUGGAAGCCCACAAGGGACAGACUUGUGUGGAGCUUGUCCCCGGGAAGCUCCUUUACGUCGAUAUGAAGAUUCUUCCUGAGGAGCGUGGUGGCAGUCACCCACUACGAACACGAGUGAGAGUUGUCGUGAAACUCUUCAAGCUCAGGUCAUCCGUCGCUCGUGCUGGAAACAAGAAGACCAAAGAGGAUGCCGAAACCAUUGAAAAGGCACUGUGUAAGAGCCUGAAUGGUCUCAGCCUUGGAUCCGAAUCGGUCAAGGUCACCGAGGGCCAUGAUGAGAACCCGAGCGAUGUCGAGUCAGAUAUCGACGGCAUUUUCUCUGAUACUGCCUCUGAAGUCUCGUUGGCUUCAGAAGACCCAAUAUCCCAUCACCCUCUCCUUCUUCAUGAGAAGCCUGAGCUUUUCGAAAUUGAGACUGAAUUCGACAUCUCAAUGGACAUCGAGUUGAACAGUCUCUCGGCCUGGACAGAUGCUUUUGCCGAUCUUGAAGCAAAUCUCGAAGCAAGUCUCGGAGCAGAUAAAAAGUUUGUUGACUCUCGAAGAGUGUUUGAAGUUCUUUUCAGAUACAUUCUCUACGUGAUCUUUGGAUCGCGUCGUUUCAGAAGCCAUGGCUCUUACCAUAAACUUCUGGAAUAA